CCCGUUGUCGCCUUUCACGCAUCUGGAGGUGCAGAACGAGAGUCAGGGGAGGCACGAGGACGAGAGCCACUUCCACGUGCUGGCCACGCUGCUCUCGGACGCGCAGGGCAGGCUGCUCUUCCACGCCCUGCGCCUCACGGCCAAGACGCCAGCCCAGUGGGACGCGCCAGCACAGGAGCAGGGGGGAGAUGAAUGCCGCCGCAGCGUUCGGCCGGGCCGCAGCCGGCCGCCGGCACGUGGCGCCAAGCACGUCCAGGGGCUCCUGGGCAAGGCAG